UCCAAGAGAUACCCAGCUCAGCUCUUGUUGGAGGAAUUCACCAUGCCUCAAGGCCAGAGAGUGGUAAUGUCUGUUAACAGUACUAUAUACUAUUUUCUAGCUCUGAGUCUUCACCAUUUCUCCCUUCAUUCAUAGAUUAUGGAGGGUCCAGGUGUGGCCUUUGUGGUAUUUACCGACAUCAUCUCCUUGUUUUCUGGACCCAACUUCUGGGCCAUCAUCAUUUUCUUGUUGCUGGUGACACAGGGGAUGAGCUCCUUGAUAGGGAUCUUGCAGGGCAUCAUUACCCCUCUCCAGGAUGUUUUCUCUUCCUUCAGGAGACAUACAAACCUCUUAAAUUUGACCUUGAUCCAAACCUGAUGUUUUCCUCCAGUGGGUGUCUAUGUGCCUAUGUUCCUGGGCAGCCUCAUUUUUGCAAGGCCUUCAGGCAGCUACUUUGUGAAUCUGCUGGAUGAUUACUGGAUUUCUCUGCCCAUCUUCUGCAUUAUCAUCUUGGAGAACAUGGCCAUGGCCUGGAUCUAUGGGACCAGGAGAUUCCUUGCAGACGUGAUGAUCAUGUUGGGCCACCCCAUCUCCCCUAUGUAUCGUUGGCUGUGGUGCAUUGUGUCUCCAGUUGUGCUGCUAAUCCUGUUUUUGUCCACUGUGAUUAAUCUUUGUAUGAGGACCACGACAUACCUGGCUUGGGACUCUACUUCAAAAGAAGUGAUCCGAUCCUACCCAACAUGGGCUAAUGUUCUGCUCAUAAUUUUCUUCUUCGUAACCAUCUUGCCCAUCCCUGCCUACAGCGUGCACACCUUUAUGCAGGUGGCUGUUACAGUCACCAAGAUUCACAAUAGGGAUGAAACUAUAUUCAAGCCUCAAUCUUCAGAGGUCUCACAGGAGCCCCUUUCACUGCUUCAGGAGAAGAAAAACCCAAAGAAAAUGAAGAAUAUAUAAUGGGGGGCGGGAAUCUUUCUACCAUGUGAGUAAUUCCUUUUGGAAAUCAAGAGUUGGCUCAUCUGGCAUAACAUCACUUCUUUUUCAAAGUGGAACUCCCAGUGCACAACUUGACACUAGAAGAGGUAAAACUGGCAACUGUUAACAACUGGAUCUACAACCUUUUGUUUUCUUAGACUGGGAACUUUUUUAAUUGGCUGAAGGAGACUAACAUAACAUUCCCUCCACCUCCCAUACUUGUCCUUACCUGAACCAUAAUAAUUACAUACUUUGGCUUUCCAUAUUUGGUUGACAGUAACCUAUUUCUCCUAGGCUACAUUUCUCUGUGAAUUGGCGUGAGCUACAACUGGCCCAUGUGAAACUAGGGAAAAAAUAAUGCUGGUAAUUAGCCAAUCUAGUGCAACCUUACUUUUGUUAUUAAAACGUACCCAAUUUUCAGUUGUGUUUGCUACUAGCUCUGUUGAAUUUAAAUGCUAGAAUCCUAGUCCUUGCUGCCUGGUGCUUCCUGUCAAUGGGCUAAACCAGGUAGAGAGAAUUUUCUCAGAAAACAGCAGAUUGAUUAUAGCAGAGUGAUUAAUGACCUGCUAAUU